CUUCAUGUUGAAAUAGCUUAUCUGACCCUGCGCACAAGCAAGUAUGGGUGCAAUCGAUUGGCAAUUAGUCGCGCAAGCGGCCAAUUUGAUAGGCUGCAACUUUUACUAUGUCACUCUUGCACUACUCUCACUGCCUAGUAUACUCCUUACCUAUCUUGGCUUGCGGCGCCCGACCGGCAGCGACGACGCACCCGGUAGCGCAACAUUCUAUGAGGGUCAGGUUCUGCACGUUCGGAGAGCACCUGUGAAGAAUGAAUUCCGCUACGCUGUGCGUAUGGCGGUGGUGGACCUGGAGCGGCCGCCGGCCUGGUUCGCGGCGCGGCAGGCGGCCGACCACAUGAGCGCGGAGCAGGCCAGGAGCUUCGCAGGCACCACCGGCCCCGUCAAGCUGCUGACUGACCCCAUCUCGGCCGGCUACCUCCAGAACCCCAUCAGCGUGUACUACUGCUACAGCGGCAGCAGCAGCGGCAGCGGCAGUAGCGGCGGCAAGGGCGCGGGCGCUAAGGAGGAGGCGGGCGCAGCGGAGCCCAAGCUGGAGCGAUGCAUUGCAGAGGUGACCAACACGCCCUGGAACGAGCGGGUGACGUUUGUGUUCGACCCGGCUGGAGCCCGAGUGGCCAAGGCGCUGCACGUGUCGCCCUUCAUGGACAUGCACAACACGUGGCACCUGGAGGCCCCCUCCCCCGGCGAGCGGCUCAAACUGGUGGUGCGCGCCUCCCACCCCGUGUACGGCGACUACUUCCACGCAGACCUGGUGGCGCGCCGCUGCGGCAGUAGCAGCAGCAGCAGUGGCAGUAGCAGCAGCAGUGGCAGUAGCAGCAGCAGUAGCAGUAGCAGUAGCAGUGGUGGUGGCGGCGUGCUGAACGAGGAGGCGGGUCUGGGGCGGCUGUGGGCGUACGGCUUCAUGCCGCACAGGGUGGCGUUCCUCAUCUACUGGCAGGCCGUGAAGCUGCUCAUCAAGGGGGUGCCCUUCUACGCGCCGCCCGGCAAGCACUACCAGCAACUGCUGGUGGCGGAGACCAGCCCCACGGCGGCGGCGGCGGCGGCGGGAGCAGCAACAGCGGGAGCAGCAUCGGGAGCAGCAGCUACUGGGGAAAAGGGCAAGGUGGCGGGUGGUAAUGGUGCCGCGGCGGGUGCGAAAGGCGGCGGCAGCAGCAGCAACAGUAGCAGCAAUGGGGCGGCGCAGUCGGCGGCGGCGGUCGUGUCGGCGUGCGGCGGCGCGCCGGGCGGGCUGUGCCCCGUGGCGGCCUGGUCGCGGGGUGCGGGCGGUCACAGCCACCCGCGCAAUGCGGCGGAUGGGCGCCACUUCGUGUGGCGGCAGGCGCCGGGCUGGCCCUGGCGCGACCAGGCCUGAGGUCCCUGGAGGGGCGUGGCGUGAGGGCAGCGCGGGGCAUGAGGGCGGCGUGGAGCGUGAGAGCGGCGGGCAGGGGCGGGGCAGGUACUAGGUAGCGUGCGGGUGUGCGUGCGCGGGAUCGUGAGCAAGGAAAACGCGUGUCAGGUGAGGGAGGUGAGCGGCUGGGUGGGUUGCGAGUGGGGGCACGUGUGCAGCGGCUGGGGAGCGGUGAUUGGGAGUCCGAGUGGUGACAGUGGGGGACUGCCGUGCCAUAGCAGACGUAGGAAACGCAUUGGGUGUGGGGAAGGGUGAGUUGGCAGGUGUACGUGUGGCAGGUGUGUGUGCGUGCGUGUGUGCGUGCGGCGCAAUGCUGUAUCCGCCGAGCGGGACAUUCACAGGCAACUUGGUCGCAGCUGAGGCAACUGAGGCGCCGGCACAAACCAACAGCCGGUCCCCUCGCGACGUGUGGCCCGUGGGGCGGGGGUUUCGGGGCAAUUAGGAAUCUGGCGUUCGGGAACCCGUGCGCUUAUGGGCGUGGGCAUGUGUGGGGCGCGGAUCGGGCACCUGGUCUGGUGAUAGAGACUUGACGCUUUCCCGCGGCCGGCCGUCUGAGUUUGUGCGUCUCACCGUUGUACAUGUCGUUGCACGGGGGGGGGGGUUGCAAGGAUUGGUACAGAGAAGGGUAGCGAGGUAGACAGCAGGUGUGGUGUUGUGCGUACCGAUGACCGACGGCGUCCGCCCAAGCCGGGGGGGGGGGCUUCCGCCCAAGCCGGCGGAACGCAGCAGUGUUCUACGGCACAUUCGGUACUUGGCCCUGUGGAACACGCCCUGGGGGAUCUAGACGUGUCUUUUGCCGACUGUCCUACUACACGGCAUUACACGCAGUGUGUGAGGCGAGCCGUUGGCGGCUCGCUGCCGCUUGGGAGGGCCAGCCCUCGUGUCGGUGCGUGUGCAACCAAGGACGUGUGCAAGGGCCGUGCUUGCUUGCACAAUGGACGUUCACGCCGACGAGAAGAGCAUGUAACAUGUAACACCCAAUACUC